AUGAGAAACCUAACUCAUCCCAGCAAUUGGCCAAUUGUAGACAACAAUGGCAAUAGCAAAGUCGCCCAGGCCGUCAUAUUCGGAUUGGGAAGCAUGUUCAACCACUCUACCCAAGAACAAAACGUGGGAUGGAUGCGUGAUACUCAACGCCAAAUUAUUACGUACCGAGCACUGAGAGAUAUUCCCGCAGGAGAAGAGCUUUGCAUAUCAUACGGAAGUCAUCUGACCUUCAAAGACGCAGAUGCUACACCUCCAACGCCACCGGAAGACGAAAUUGAACAGCUUCGAAUGAUUGAGCCUUAUUAA